AUGCUACGCUGUAGUUGUGCGCGCCGCCGCGGCGUUUAUCACAAUGCCCCUAGUGUCUACCCAUUUGUGAAACCAUUUCACGACACUCCAUAUGAUCAAGACAGGGGACGACACGAUUCUGUGGGCCAGCGGUACCGCAAAAAUAGUUGGCCCGAGUGGAUGGAUAAUGGUGCGGACGGUACUGGCUAUGGAAUCGGUCUCCACCGCACUCACCCGCUUUCCAGACUCCGCGGAAAUCUCAAAAGGAGCCCCAGCCACGUGCCGCGAGUUUUGGGGAUGAUGAUUCAAGGCGUUUGGCAUAAGAGUGGUGUGAAGCUUUACUUUCGGGGAGGCAAACCCCCAAACCCAAGCGUGCAUCCAUACUUAACCGGGGAACCGUGCCCUUUGUACGGGUGGAAGGUGACAGAUGAAUCUGUUAUAAGGCAAUUCAAUAUGCCAAGCAUAGACGGAACUAAUUUUAGGUAUAAACCUUACGUUGCGUUGCAGGAGAGAAAAAUAAUGGGAGUUCAAGUUCCUUCAGAUAGCGUAUCUCUUGCUUCUGGAAGAACUACAGAGUCGAAACCCUUAGCGAAAAGGCUUUUCUUUUGGCGCUGA